GCGGCUUCUGGGGCACAGCUGGCCUGGGGGUUCGUCGUGGCCUGGGAACCUCAUUGGCUGGGGCCACGGCUGACUCAGGCUGGGGCAGGGCAGGGCUGGUGACACCCGGACAGCGGGCCCUGCUGGAGCCGUACAUCUGGGCUCCAGCCCCGUGCAGCGUGCAGCCUUGACUGGAGCAGACGGUCAUCCUUCCCCGGCCCCUCCGCAGCCGAUCCCUUUCCUGGCCCUUCCUGCCAUGGGCUUCUUGGAGAAGCAGGGCAGCUGGAGCCUGUCCUUCGCUGGCUCUGGCUACCUGGGUCUCUACCAUGUGGGGGUGAUCCACUGCCUGAGCAGGCACGCCCCACACCUCAUCCAGGGUGCCGACCGUUUCUACGGCUCCUCAGCAGGCGCCCUCGGCGCCAUCAGCAUCAUCUCCAGCAAGUCUGUGGACUUCUGCUGCUCCAGCGUCAUGGCCAUGGUGAAGCACGUGGAGGGGCUGAGCCUAGGCAUCUUCCACCCGGCCUACGCGCCUAUCGAGUACAUCAGGCAGCGGCUGCGAGACACCCUGCCCGAGGACUGUCACAUCCUGGCCUCCCAGCGGCUGGGCAUCUCCUUGACCCACUGGCCCGAUGGCCACAACGUCAUAGUCACCGACUUUGCCACCAAAGAGGAGCUCAUCCAGGCUACGAUUUGCACCUUAUUCUUACCCUUGUACUGUGGAACGAUCCCUCCGGAGUUCAGAGGGGAGCGCUACAUGGACGGAGCACUGAGUAACAGCAUGCCCUUCGCGAGCUCGCCCUCCACCAUCACCAUCUCGCCCUACCAUGGGACCGGGGACAUCUGCCCCCAGAGCCCCUCGGCCAGCCUGCACGAGCUGAAUGCCUUCCACGCUUCCUUCCAGAUCUGUACCUCCAACUUCUACCUCGGCUGGAUGUCCCUCUUCCCUCCCAAACCCGAGGUGGUGGCUGACAUCUCCAGACAGGGCUACCUGGACGCCCACAGGUUCCUGGAGCAACGCGGACUCAUCAAGGAACUGGUGCUGUGGACGCUGGUAUCCAAGGAGCGGCCGGCCCCAGCCAAGGGCGGCGACGGGGAAUUCAACUGGGAUGUGCCCCACCUGCGGGUGAAGGACGUGCCCGACUUCGAGCGGGUCGCACCUGAGCUGGAGGCUGCGUUGAAGAAGGCGUGUCAGAGGGACUCCGGCGCCUGGGCGCGCUUCCGCCACUCAGGGCCUGGGUGGGCGCUGACCUACCUGCUGCUGCCCUGGUCACUGCCUUUCGAGUACAUCUACUACCGGAGCCGGAGGCUGGCCCUGUGGCUACCCGAGGCGCCGACCGACCUGCGGUGGGUGUGGGGCCUGAUGAAGGGCACAGCGAAUGGGGUCUUCUGCAGGAUGAAGGCUGGGCUCAGCCUGCCAGCCGCCAGCGCCAGGGACACAGGCUCCCACCAGCCCAGGGCUGCGGGCACAGAGCUCCGGUCCGCCCAUCCAGCCUGCAGGGGACCCGGGAGCAGUCUCCCCUGAUGCCGGUUCCUUCCUGUGUCCUGCACACCCGCGUUUUCCCCAGGCUGGGGUGACCUGGGACUCUCCCCAGCCCUUGGCCCAAGGAGGGGGUGGGAGUGCUGGUCAGAUGUGGGUGACUUCCCUCCCCUCUCCAGGCCUCUUCCCAGAAGGUGACAUUAACUGAUGGCUCCCUAGCAGGAAAAGACCCCUGCUCCCCGGAGCCCACACCCUAGACCUGGGCGCUUCUGUUUCGGAAGAGGCCUGACCAGGCUGUACCCGCAGGGAGCCGUGCCCUCCUUCCUGCCUGUCUCCCCUGAGGAGAAAGGACGGCAGGAGCUGGGGUGCACCACGUGGGCCCUUGGAGCAGCGCUUGGUGCACACGAGGCCCUGUGAACUGUCACGAGCUAUCUGCAGAGCUCAGUAGGGAUGCUGGGUCCAGGCCCAGACGUCCAGAUCUGGGGAAAACUGGAAUGGUGGGGGUCGGGUGUGGUGUUCCCCAUGCCCUUCACCUUUCUGUCCUGCACUGGCCUUGGAGGUGACCCCCGUGGCCUCUGACUGCCCGUGGGGCCCUUGGGGUGGGGGACCCUGCAGGCAACAGGAUGGAGGAGGAGGAGGAGGAAGAGGAGGAAGGGUUCCCGCUGCAGGCUCCUUCGGUGCGGUCUCCACCUUCCCAUCCACUCUUGGUCAGGUGCAGAGGAAGCUGUGGACACCAGGCCUCCUCUGGCCUCUCCCUGGGGCCAUUGCUCUUUCUGUCCUCGGAAAAGAACCCACACUGUGUCCCAGACAGGCUUUCAGGAAUGCUCACCCCCCAGCGGGUGGGGAGCAUGAGACACAGAGGUGCAAGCAAGAGAAGAGGGGACAAAGGAAUAAAUGUGUGUGAGGGAAAGGGGGUGCCAUUCAUUCAUUCACUCAUUCAUUUAUUCAUUCAUGUGGCUUACAAAUGUGAUGAUUCUGGCCUGUCAGAGACAUGGCUAUGAGCAGUACGUAGCAGAGUACAAGGAUGAUCAAAAAUAUGGUGUGUAAAAAUUAUGGUGUAUGUUCAAAUGUUAAAAAAAAAUGAUGAUGGUAAAAGACACAUGUUAUGAAUCGCUCUCAAAAUAGUCUGCCUUGCUUCCAGCACACUCAUCGCAUUGUUCUUGCCACUUUCUGCAGCAGUUCUGGAAGUCCUCUUUCCCAAGUGUCUUUACCAGGUGUGGUAAGAAAAAAUAUGCCAAAGGCUGCUGCUGAGCGCCAUCCAAUGGAAAGGCAGCUCAGAAAAACAUGACACCAUGUCCACACCCACCUGAUUCACCAGAUAUGGCACCCUGUGACUGCUGGCUCUUCCCCAAAGUCAAAAUGACCGAGGUCAAUAUUUUGAAGCCAUUCAGGACAUGAGGCAACCAGGACAGUGCAACUAAAGACCCUUGGGAGAGAGCACUCCAGAGCUGCUGCAGAAGGCGGCCAGGACGAUGGGAUGAGUGUGUCCGAAGUGAGGGGACGGCUUUAGGGGAUUGCAGCAAUGUCUUUUAUUGUAAUAAAAAUUUUUAAAACUGAAA